CCUUAUUCAGAUAUAAGCAGAUAAUCGUUCGUAUAAUAUAUAGUUUCCAAGUCCAAAUUAAGGCGCCGUAUGAUGCAAAGGUUACAAAUUAGUUCUCGGCCAUCUGAAGAGUUUCUGAUUAACCUCUCGGUGGAUUCCGCAAGCCCUGACGGUCUCGUGGUCUAUGACGACAUAGCCAAGAAGGAACUGUCUCUACACAACAAUAGUUACAAGUCUGCUAAUGGAGAGAGAGCUAUUCACCUAAUCCCUCUUGUUCUCUUUCUAUGUGCUUUUAUUCUUUGGGUUUUCUCAAGUGCAACUCAUCUGCAACCGCCAAGCCUUGUACUACGCCGGAGAUUCUGCGGAGCCACCACGGCUUGCUCUGUUCCUCUGAACGGGACCAAGAAGAGAAAGUCUGAAAAAGAGAAGGUGAUUGUGAUUUCUGGGCCCACCGGCGCCGGAAAAAGCAGACUUGCUAUGGAGCUCGCCAAGCGUCUCAAUGGCGAAAUCAUCAGUGCUGACUCCGUUCAGGUGUAUAGAGGCCUUGAUGUUGGAUCAGCCAAGCCAUCAGAUAGUGAUAGAAAGGUGGUGCCUCAUCAUCUUAUCGACAUUUUGCAUCCGUCUCAAGAUUACUCUGUGGGGCAAUUUUUUGAUGAUGGAAGGGAAGCUACCAAAGAUAUUCUUAAUAGAGGGCGUGUUCCCAUUGUUACGGGUGGAACUGGAUUGUACCUGCGAUGGUUUAUCUAUGGGAAGCCGGAUGUGCCUAAGCCUUCUCCAGAAGUCAUCGCUGAGGCCCAUGAUAUGCUAGUUGAUUUUCAAACCGAACAUAACUGGGAAGCAGCUGUGGAAUUGGUGGUCAAUGCUGGUGAUCCAAAAGCCUGUUUUCUACCUCGUAAUGAUUGGUACAGACUACGGCGUAGCCUUGAGAUACUCAAGUCAACUGGAUCGCCUCCGUCUUCCUUCCGCAUUCCAUAUGAUUCUUUUCGAGAAAAUUUAAAUUCUCCUGAUGUCGAUGACUUGCUUGAGGACGAUUCAUCUGCUGAUAUCUCUAUCCAAAACAUAGAAACAGAUUUGGACUAUGACUUCCUUUGUUUUUUCUUGUCAACCCCACGGGUUGCUCUCUACAGAUCUAUUGAUUUCAGAUGUGAAGACAUGCUUUCAGGACCCAAUGGAGUUUUGUCAGAAGCUAGAUGGCUUCUUGAUCUUGGCCUUCUUCCAAGCACAAAUUCUGCAACUCGUGCUAUUGGGUACAGACAGGCCAUGGAAUAUCUACUGAAAUGUCGUCGAUAUGAGGGUGAAAGUUCCCCUAGAGAAUUUUAUGGUUUCUUGAACAAAUUUCAGACAGCAUCCAGAAACUUUGCAAAAAGGCAAAUGACAUGGUUCCGGUGUGAGCCUAUGUACCACUGGCUUAAUGCUUCUAAACCUCUGGAUUCGAUACUUCAAUGCAUAUAUGAUGCUUAUGAGAGCGAAGCAGAGACGGUGGAGAUACCCGAGUCUCUCAGAAUGAGCAAAGACGUAAGAGAUUCUCGAGAAGCUUCUGAACUAAAGGGGUACCGCUCCAAAAACAGGCAUUUCGUAAGACGAGAGGACUGUGAUUCGGUGUUAGAGUGGAUCAGAAGUGAGGGAUGUGUUUUUGAAGUAGCAAUCAUGAGAUUCAAGAAGGGAACUAAAGUUGAAGUGUUGAGCAAAUCAUCGGUUCCAUCUGGUGCCUGGCGGUCUGCAGAGAUCAUAUCGGGAAAUGGGCACUAUUACACUGUCAUGUAUGAUCAUGAUGAUGGUACGGAGAGGGUACCGAGGAAGAGUAUGAGGCCCGAGCCUCCUCGUUUACAAGUCCUUGAUUCUUGGGGUCCUGGUGACAUUCUUGAGGUUUUCGAAAGUUGUUCGUGGAAGAUGGCAAUCGUUUCCAAGGUUUUGGAAAAAGGUUGUUUCUUGAUUAGAUUACUUGGUUCCUCACUGAAGUUCAAGGUAACCAAAUCCGACAUUCGGGUUAGACAAUCUUGGCAAGAUAACGAGUGGAUCAUGAUCGGACAGGGUACAUCAAGAUUAAGCGCACAGACUUCAACAGGAGAAUUAAGGAGAAAGGUGAAUCCGAAAGGCGACUACAUUUCAUCUGAGAGCAAAGACAAGCUUGAUGAGUAUGAUGUACCUUUGUCAAAAAGUCUAAAGAAACGGACUUACUCUUUGGUUGAACCACACAAUCAAACUAGAGUUUUAGCUGCUUAUCCUCCGAAGUUUCAUGAAGAAGGAAAAGAAGAAGAAGAAGAAGAAGAUAGAGAGAGUGUUGCUUCUUCUGUUGGUAGUUGUAGCAUGGAUACGGAUGGUCUCAGUGCUGUUUCAUUCAAUCCCAUUGAAACCGGUAACACUAGUGACACAGAGUCAUCAUCUUGUGGCUACGGGAAGAUCAAGAAGUUGGGGGUUCCUCCAAUAAAAAUCUCAGAGGCUGCUGAUGUUCAUAGGUUAGAGUUGGAUGCAUACCGAUGCAGCAUCGAGAGAUUGCACGCAUCUGGACCAAUUAUAACUUGGGAACAAGAAACGUGGAUCACAAAUCUCCGUCUCAGAUUGAACAUUUCGAAUGAGGAACAUCUGAUGCAGAUAAGAAACCUUAUCUCUGACGAUAACAGUACAAUAUACAGAUAGCAGCAGCAUUGACAACUACAGUUUGGGUUACAUAGAAUAAAAAUUGAGUGUAGGUUGUACAAAAUGUCAUUCUAUUUUCAAGCAGGGUUUUUGAUUUAUUUCCGAACUUGUGAAAGUAAAUGUGAACAUCUUUA